AUGGAUGAAAUACGAAGAGCUUAUUUGAAAUGGGGUCCAUGUCAAAUUCAAUUAGAGCAAUAUCCAUUGUCUGGUAAAGAAGAUCAUAAAAGAAGAUUUCAAUACGCUUGGUUUAGCCUUUUUCCGUCAUGGUUAGAAUAUUCACCUUUAGAAGAUGCGUCUUAUUGUUUACCAUGCCAUCUUUUUAGCAAAAGACCAAGUGGACGUCCGGGUUCAGAUGUCUUCAUUUCUACAGCAUGUGCUUUUAGAGGUCAUGAUGAAAGUAAAGAAUCAUUAAACCAAGGUAAUUUUCUUCAAUUGAUUAAACUCUUGGCAUGUUACAAUGAUAUUGCAAAAGUUGUGUUAGAAAAUGCUCCAUCUAAUAGAAAGUAUACUUCACAUCAUAUUCAAAAAGAGAUCUUGCAUAUUCUCUUAAGAAGGGUGAAAAAGCAUAUACGUGAAGAGAUUGGUGAUUCCAAAUUCUAUAUACUUGUAGAUGAAGCUCGUGAUGAAUCUAAAAAAGAGCAAAUGUCUCUUCAAAAAGUAUGUGAUAUACUUUCUCUACAUAACCUUGAUGUUUCUAACAUUCGUGGUCAAGGAUAUGAUGGUGCUAACAACAUGAGAGGAGAAUGGAACGAUUUACAAGCAUUAUCUAUGAAGGAUUGUGCUUAUGCAUAUCAUGUUCAUUAUUUUACUCAUCGAUUGCAACUUGCCUUGGUUACUGCAGCAAGAGAAGUUAAAUCAAUUCAUCAAUUCUUUGAUAAGAUAACUCUUAUUGUGAAUUCUGUUUGUUCUUCUACAAAGCGCCAUGAUGAGUUACAAGCUUCUCAGUUAGAGGAAAUUGAACAUUUAUUAGAGAUUGGUGAGAUUGUAACUGGUAGAGGUGAAAAUCAAAUUGGUACUUUGAGACGUGCUGGGGAUACUCGUUGGGGAUCACGCUUCUCUUCCAUUUCUAACUUGAUAAAUAUGUAUGAAGCAACUUGUAUUAUUUCUAGAAAAUUUGCAAAGGAGGGAUUAAAUUAUGCUUCCCGUGGAGAUGCUGAUAGUGCUUACAAUCACUUGAAGUCAAUUGAUUUUAUAUUCAUAUUGCAUCUGAUGAAAGAAAUCAUGAGUGUCACAAAUAUGCUUUGUCAAGCCUUACAACAACAAUCUCAGGAUGUAGUUAAUGCUAUGCAUUUGGUUUGUACAACAAAAACUCUUAUUCAAGAAUUGAGAGAAGAUGGUUUGGAUAAAUUGUUUACUUAUGUGAAGUCAUUUUGUGAAAAGCAUGAUAUUGAGAUUCCUGAUCUUGAUGAUGUCCAUUCAACAACAAGGUUUGGACGUUCUCGUCUUGAAGAGAAUCAGGAUAACUAUAGGGCUUUUAACUUUGAUACUAUUUGCACUCUAGUUGAAAAAUAUUAUCCUAUGGUCUUUAAUGAGCAAGAGAGAAUUAAUUUGUAA